UGAUUUAACAAUUGAUAUUUUCUAUAUGAGGUUGAAUAAUUUAUUCAAUAAAUUAUCUUAAAUCAAUAAUAUUUUAGUGCUUGCAAAUAUUGUCAGCCGACCGGCAACACAUCGGUUUCAAAAAACUGUCAGUGUAUUUUGGCUGACGGAGUUGAAGUGUCUGGAAUAGUAACCGUCAAUAGAAUGUAUCCUGGACCAGCAAUCCAAGUUUGUUUAGGAGACUUCGUGGUUGUAGACGUAACAAACAAGGUUCCUGGAAAUGGAUUAGCGAUUCAUUGGCACGGGAUUUAUCAAAAAGACUGGCAGCAUUACGACGGCGUACCUUACCUCACGUGUCCAAUAUCAGAAGGCUCAACGUUUCGGUACCAGUGGCGAGCACAGAAUCCCGGUUCCCAUUUCUGGCAUGCACAUUCUGGUUUUCACAAAGCUGAAGGGCUUCACGGGCCCAUUGUUAUCGGGCAAGCAGUAUCUCUCGAGCCAAAUGCCAAGCAGUAUGAUGUUGAUAAUCCAAAUAAUAUUAUGUUUAUUUCUGACUGGAUGCAUGGUAGUAUCAAGAGCCAUAUUCCAGGAACCACUUUCAAUAAUCCUGGUCAAGUUCCUGAUAAUAUUCUGAUUAAUGGCAAAGGACAAUUCAUGGAUGCGUAUGGGCGUGAAACAUUAACUCCAUUAGCCGUUUUCAAUGUUAAAUCUGGCAAACGUUAUCGUUUUCGCAUGAUAAACGCCUGCAGCUUCAAUUGUCCUGUUAAAUUGACAAUCCAGAAUCACGACGUCACCUUAAUUAGCGUGGACGGUGAGCAUGUUGUGCCACGCACCGUUACAACCAUAACUUCAAAAUUCUCAGCAGAACGUGUUGACUUUGUCCUCAACGCUCAUAAGACUGUUGGCACUUACUGGAUCCAGGUUCGCGGUUUUGGUGUCUGUGCUGAUAUAGGCCUCCAGCAGUCCGCUGUUUUACGUUACGACGGCUCACCAUUGGAGAUACCAGCAACUUAUAAGCCAUUUUAUAAUUUGCCCCUUGAUGAGGGAAUUGUUUUUAAUGAAAUAAGCCAAAUUUGCGAUGGUAAAACUACCAAUAAAAUCUGUCUUAAAGAUCUAACAGCCAUUGAAGAUCUUCAACCAAGUAUUAUUACAAGACAACCUGAUAUCAAGUUAUACUUGCCGUUUGAAUUCUAUUUGUAUAAUGAUACUGAUCUUUUCAAAGCAAAUACUUACAAACGUUUUCUUGCUCCUGAUGGUGGUGACAAUUUUGGUGCUUUGAUUGGUGGAAUUUCAAAUAUUAAUCCAUCAUCACCUUUCAUCAGUCAGCUUGAUGAAAUUCCUAAAGAACAGAUUUGCAAUCAAACACAUCUACCCGCUAGGUGUUUAAAGUCAAAAAAUUAUAUUUGUCAUUGUUCACAUGUCAUAAACAUUCCACUUAAUUCAAUCGUGGAUCUUAUUAUCGUUGAUGUAUCUGGUCCCACUGGGAUUUCGCAUCCAUUUCAUUUACAUGGAUUCGGUUUUCACGCGUUAGCUCAAGGCUCACUAUCAAAAGUAAAUCUUACAGAAGAUAACGUGCAACAAGCAAUUGAACUUGACGGCCAAGUAUACGGACUUUCUCACAGUAAGCCAAUAACUAAAGAUACGAUAGCCGUUCCAUCAGGAGGCUAUGUAAUUGUCCGGUUUAUUGCCGACAAUCUAGGCUGGUGGCUAUUUCACUGCCAUUACCUUCCUCAUUUGUUAAACGGUAUGAGUUUAGUUAUUCGAAUCGGUGAACAAGAUGAUUUACCACACACACCCAAAGGUUUUCCUAAAUGCGGGAAUUUCAUGCCAAACUUUUAUAAGAAAAAUCCAAAGCCACGUAGAAUUACGUAAAUUUAUUUAAACACAGAAAACUUCUGUGCUCGCUAUCGGAUUCCAUGAUUGUUUGCAAUCCGGUGACUCCCAAGACUUGAAGAUAACUUUUCAGCGAUUGGUAAAGAAGUUUUCUUGCGCGAAAGACGCGGGCUCGAUCACUAGAUCGGAGGAGC